CAUUGGCGGCACCUCAAGUUGCCGAAGCGUGUUUAUAAGAUUGAUAGCUAGAAGGACUAUGGAACAAAUUUCGCGGAGCUCCCAAGUUUAGGCAAAACGUAUUGCAGAGCCGGAAACAUGAGUAACAAUCAGGGGAACCUGACCGGUCGGUUUUCUUCGAGCAAUGGCCGAAUGCCGGUGGUCGACGACAUUUUUGCCAAACGAGCCAGGAUGGAAAGAGUGAAGCCAGCAUUGAAACAGGCGACUGUCAACUCGCUCCUCGCUUUGGUCGUGCUCAUUGAUAUGCGCCUAGGAUCAGUGACGAGGUUUUUUGAAGAAGAGUGGUUAGUGCUUUGGUACAUUGAGUGUACCCUGGGCGCCCUGCUUUGUUGUAACGCCCUCGUGUACGUUGCCUCAUACACGUGGACUCACUUUUGGGAACAGCCAGUGCCCGUCACUCCAAAGCAGAUGAAGUUGUUCCGCAUUUCUGAAACUGACCCUGGGUUCAACGUGAAGAGCCCACCUCAGACGAACCAGCCAGAGAAAAGGUGGCCCGGCUUCGAUAGCUUUGUCCUGCCUUCUGCAACGCCUUCACCGCUUUCAAGGUCAAUGGCAAUGGCCCCACACGACACGUCUGCAGCAAGCUGGGGUUCUGCUGGUUCAAGCUUUGGUGCCAACACUAGCCUGUCGUCCAGUUCUUGGAUGUACUACCCAGGAGCAAAUGCUUCCCUUGACAAGAGUGGCUUUUCGGAUAGGUCUCCAGACUCGGCACUCGGAGGAGCCACCGGUGGCCUGAGCUGGCGGGGUUCCUCACCUCAAGUCAGAUGGCACAUAAGUGAUGAACGGAGCUUGGACGACUACCUGGCUUCCCACGAAGAAUCUGAUCGCAGCCUCUCGUUCGACCUCCCCGAGAGCAGUGGUGUGAUGAACUCUUCCCUACGCUUGGAUGCUGACACGGUGAUCUCUCAACUGAGCCACUACCAGAAGGCGACCAGGUCUCCGCAGACAAUGCACGGUGAUGACCUCAACUCGUCGGCCACCUUCAGCGGAGACAGUGUUUGGAAGAAGUGGUCUAUUGAUAAAGACAAGCUGGACAUUUGGGUCGAGAAUCUUCGAAAGUGGAUCAGCCAGACCAUUGUGAAACGAGUGGACUCUGAGAUAGACUCCAUCAACACCACGCUCCAGAGGCUGGGAUCUUCAGAUUUGCGUAUUGGUGAGGCCAACCCAUCGACAUUGCAGCAGGUGGCUCUCAGCAAAGGGCAGCACGUGCCCACACUGGCCUCUUUGCUGCCAUAUUUGGACCUGAACAGCAACCAUGAAUACCUGGUGCAGCGUAUCAAAGAGCUGGCUCGGGGUGGCUGCAUGAGUGACUUCCGGUGGAACAGUGGCAGCCAGAACUACAGGGGCAAGCCAUGGAGUGACUCAUUGCCCACCGACUCAGCUAUAGUUCUGCAUCUGCUGUGCACGUACCUGAACUCCAGGCUGCCUCCCGAUCCACGCUUUCCAGAUGGGAAAACUUUCACCUCGCAGUUCUUCCACAAGGCACCAAACAAGCCUUCUGCGGACAAGGAUGCCUUAUGCAUAUAUCAGACCAGUGUGCUACCACCACACUACCGUGUCAUCGUAGGUGAGGACACCUGCGACCUUCCAAAGGGUCGAAACAAUCUCUUCUAUGCCAUCCUCCUGUUCCUGCACUGCAUCAAGACUAAACAUGGAGGCAUGCUAGGGCGGAUCAACCUCGGUCUUUCGGGAGUGAACGUCCUGUGUGUCUUGGAUGGAUAGCGUUGGUCGACUAGACGUUUCACAGUUACUUGGAGUCGAGUGGGCCUCACCUGAAGGAAUCAGUCCAGUGGGACACUGCCAGGCAUUGCCAUCAAG